AUGUUUAAUAAUUACAAUCAUAUUGCAUUUCAUGGUACACCUGAUGAUCAUUUCAAAGAAAAUUAUCAAAAUAAAAUACAUCAUAAUAUUAAUUACGGCAACUAUGAGAAAGAAAGGCGCUAUUUAAAUCAACAUAAUUCAAAUAACAUGUUUAAAAAAAGACACAGUCAUACAAAUUUUCCAAUUUCAUCUAAUUUGCAAGGAAAAGAAACACCUUUUUCAUCUUUAAAUGCAAAAAAAAAUCCAAUAUCAUCAAGUCUUAAUCAGGAAUUCAGAGAUUUACGAGCUUUACAAAAAAUGUCUAUGGAAACAUCCCCUGAUCUAGAAUUACCAUUUACUUCAAUUAUAUCUAUUGCUUCAAAUAUUUAUGAAAAGAAUAAUAUUUCAGAAGAUUCUUUUUUAAAGUAUAUUUCUAAAAGUAUUUUGCACUUAAUUAAUUAUAUUAGUCCUACUCAACUACAUCUUAAUAUUAUACCAGAAAAACAUGAAUAUAUAAAAUACAAAUAUCAAAAACCUAAAAUUCCUUAUAGGAUUCCAAAUGCUAAAGCUAAGAGUAUUAAUAAUCAUAAUAAUUUUUUUGUCCAAAAACAUGCUUUUUCAAAACCUGUAGUUUUUAAAGAAUUUAAUAUUGAAAGCUCUCACAUGAAUUUUUUCAACUCAGAAAACGAGUUUCAAAAGUCUAUUUCACAAACUCAAAUACCAUAUAUAUUUGAAAAUUAUAAACAUGCAUCAAUUUAUCAACCCAAACAAACAUUUAAAAGAUCAAUUGAUACCGAGGGACAAAUGUCAUUUCAAAACAAUGAUUAUACAGUUGAAUCACUCAAUAAACAUUUACAAAAUACUUCAAUAUCCUCACAAGAAGUUAAUAUGAAUAAAUCUAUAUUUUUUGAUUCUAAGAUUCUAGAAGAAACUCAAAAUUAUACAGAACCUAUAAAUACCACAAAUGAACUCUUACAUUAUAAAAAUGAUAAAGUAUUCUUUCCUAGUCUAACGCAAAACAGAUAUAAUAAUUUUGAUUUAUUAAAACAUGAAAAAAGCGACAUUAUACUAUCUCAUCCAACAAAACAUUGUAAAAACAAUAAUUUACCUCCUAUUCCACAUAGGGAAUCUUUUAGGGGUUCCGAGUUAAAUCAUUAUAAUAGUAUACCUUUAUCAUCAAAUAAUAAAAGACAGUAUCACAGCUUAUCUAAUAUUCCUUUGUCUACAAAGGACUACAAAAUAAACAAUAACUAUAAAUAUAUUACCGAUCUUUCUAAUUCAGGGACUACAGUACAUGAUCAACUUAAUUUUUCUAGGAAAUCACCGUGGGAAAUGUUUUUCAAUUAUGAAUAUGAUACAAAUUAUUUUAAUAAAGAUGAAAAAUCAGAGGAAAAUAAAAUCAAAAAUAGAAACACUGACAGUUUAGAUGUGGUUAAAGUUAAUGAAAUUUCUUCUGAAUAUUUCAAUAUUAUUAGAAAUCAUAAACCAGAAUACAGUUUUUUAUCCUUAAAAUAUGACUUUAUAAAAAAAGAAAACAUUAAAAACAUACUUUCAUCUAUUUCUAAUUAUAAGAAAAAGCUUUUAGAUAAAAAGGCUUACUUUUGUCAAAUUUCAAAAUACUUUUUUGCAAAAUAUUUAAAAGGUGAAAAAUACACGAAUGAGUAUUAUUCAAAUUCUUUUCAAUUCGAAUCAUUAUAUUUUACUCGAUUUCCUAUACAACUUGAACGUUUUAUAUAUCAUCUUGCUCGUCUUAAACUCUCAGAAUCCCACCGACCUCUUUAUCAACAUGUUCUUUUAACAAAUUUUAUAUAUUAUUACUUAUCUCUACUUAAAAAGGAUCAAAUUAUUCAACAAUCUAAAAAUAAGUUACAUAAGAACGUUUCUUUGUUCUCUAAAUACAAUAUUAUUCCUGAAACUAUACAAAAUCAAAUUGAAAGAAAUACAAGAUUUCCGAUAAAAAAAACAUUUGAAAACAAUAAUUAUAACGAAAAAAAGACAAACGAUAGAAUAAAUCUAAAAUGUAAAAUACACAUUCCUUACCUCAUUGAUUCUUUGAACCCAACAAUAUUUGAUUACAACGACCUUAAUAUACCAUUUGCAUAUGACGACUAUGAUGAAUUCAGCAAUAUUCACUCAAUUUUACAUGAAAACAAUGAUCUCUAUUAUAAUCAAUCAAAUUUUAAAAACGUAUUAAAUUCAGACAUAUUAGAUUCAGAUAUAUUAAGACCAGAGAUACCUAUAAUAGAAAAUGUACAUGAUAUAUUAUAUAUAUAA